GGAGGGUUUUCGGGUUUUGCCGUUGUGCGGAUUAUGGCAGCAGCUUGUCUCGUUUAGGCAUAUGUCCGACCUUUGUGCAAUAUUGCUUGUUUCCUCUAGAGCUUCUUGUUCUUUUUGUUAAUCAUUGUAUUACUUUACUCUGUAUCGAGGUUCUUCAGCAACGUAUUGAUAUAUAAUGUUUGGUAUCCUCAAGGGGCGGUGCCAAUAUCCCCCCCACGUAUACUCACUGUCAACAUGACUUACCGAGCUACAGACGACUUGCAAGGCUACCUCAAGGACGCUGUUCUACCCCGACUGAAGCUCAUGCACAAACCAGAGUCGAUGUUUCACCAGAGAUACAAGAGCCGCAGAAGCACACUUACUGUUGGCCCUCGACAUCGAAACCUUGCUAACAUAGUUUUCCUGGAUUCCGCAUUUGAUGGCCUUGUUAAUGAUUGGAUCGAGGAGCACGUGCCAAAUCGCUCCCUCUGUCUGUACGAUGAGGACCGGCAAACAGGCGAGAGGUUUACAGUGCGCUCCUCGCAAAGAUUCAAUGUUCCAGAACUGCUGCUCCCUGCAGCAUCAGAUAUCAAUCGGGUGUGCGAUUGGCUGGACAAUUUCCCACUUCAAACAGUUCAACGAGUUUUUCAUAUCAUGUUUCCUGCAACGAAAGAUUGGGGGUUUACGACGCUUGAUGAUGAUGGCUGUGACGACAAUUUCAAGAAAUUCUACUGGACGGAUGAAAAUCAAGAUCACGCCGAUAUACGCGAUGCAUCUGUAAUUGUCGCCUGCCAACCUUCUUGGAUAAUGUCCGACGAAUUCAUGUGGCAAUUCACUCAGCUCAAAUCGCUUCCUGAAGGUACUACACGUCCCUUGCGCGGAAAGGAGCGCCUUUGGGGGAAGUUGUGGGACACCUGCGUUCACAAUCAAACCCCCUUCUUUGUUCUGACUUCAUACCAGCAGUGGGUUUUUGGUAUGUUUUCACGCGGUUGGACAACAGUGUUCGUGUCUCCCGUCAUAGACGCCCAAUCACGUUCUCCAACUGUUAUGCACGCGUUGCUAUAUUGGCUUGGCUCGGCUCUGGGUGCCCCUGGUGGUUUUGUACAACCGGUGGAGGUCGCAGAACCUGUUCAAAACAUCUUAGACCGUUGUUCCGGGCUACCAAUCGCUGAACCGGAAAAAGAACUAGAAAUUGCUCCUUCCUUAUCGAGCUGGAGCGGCAAGAGUGAUGAAGUGGCGUCCUCAGCUGGAGCCGCAAACGCGGUGGCGCUCGAUGUUUCGGAUAGGGGAGUGGAUGAGCCAUACGGUCCAGAUGUUCUCUUCAAAAAGUCAAAGGAUCCGGCCCUCACCUUAGAAAUGAUAGAGUCGUGGAGGAAGAAAUUACCCACCAACCGUAUCGAGAACAAGAGUUUCCCAUCUCCUACUUUCGCAUCGUCUGUCGCACUACUCCCUGAUUUGUUUGAUGACUCUGCGGCAUCAGACACCUCGGAUGAAACUGUCGGGGUGCCUCGUGGACACUGGUUAAUGAGUGCCUCACGUAGAUAGUAGCUCACGACACUGGGAUAAUCAUCUUGCUGA